AGGAUGAAGAAUGUGGAGCAAAUGAUAAUUGGCACUCCCAACGGCCACUCCCCCACCUUCAAGAAGUUCAUCAAGGACAUAGCCGACUCCAAAACUAAAUAUGAGGAAUCCUUGGUCAUGCAGGUAGAGGUCGAUAAUCUGAAGAAAGAAAUAAAAACACCCUACGCAACUUCGUCUGUGCAGCACGAACGCUUGGUAAAGCUCAUCUACAUACACAUGCUGGGAUACGAUGCUACUUUCGGCGUUAUUGAUGCCAUCAAGUUUGCUCAACAGUCCAGUUUAUUCUACAAGAGGGGUAUUUAGUUUCGUCUCUGCUUCUUAACCCGGGACGUGAGGAAUCUCUCCUGUUAUGCUGCUCUUUACAAAAAGAUCUUGCAUCAGAAAGUGUUGUGGAGCAAAGUAUGGCUCUCACUGCCAUCUGUCAGCUCAUGGGAAAAGAUACAAUAUCUGCUUUUCUUCCUACUAUCAUCAAAAAGCUAUCUCAUCCGAAAGAGAUAAUCAGAAAGAAAGCAGUAGAUGUUUUGUACCAGUUUCUGCGGGAAAUGCCAGAACAAACACACGAUGAACGUUACUUGAAGGCGUUGUGUGAUCCUGAUGCUGGGGUCAUGAUAUCUGCUCUACCUAUAUAUCUGAAACUUUGUAAGGAACAGCCGGAUAAGUACCGUCACAUGAACAAGGCGUUUACAGACAUAUUGAUCCAAAUAGUUGAGGGGCGACUUCACAACAGUUUCAACUACCACACAUUCCCUGCUCCCUGGGCCCAGGUCUACCUCCUUCAGAUACUACACUACUUGGGCUGUAAUGAUAAGCAGUUGAGUGAGAAUAUGAGUCACGUGUUGCACCUGGUGAUAGCCAGAGCUUCAGGGAAGAUGACCACCCCUCAGGCUGCUGAUGCUGCUGUGGCUGUCUUGUACCAAGUCUGUCAGACUAUCUUGUCUAUAUAUCCUAACCAGGACCUUAUCCUUCUUGUUACCCGCAAAAUAGAUGAGUUCUUGAACAGUGCAAGCAACAAAAUACACCUUGGUCUGCAACUGUUGGAGAAACUUUGCGAAAAACAGCCCUCAAUCGGAGCAACAUUUAUACCACAAGUGUACCAGUAUACCUCGCACCAGUGCACCAUGAUUAGAGACGCUGCUAUUAAAGUACUACGGGUCGGGGUUUCGCCUGAUACUCUGACUGAUGCUACUAGAGUUCUUUUAGACAUUUUAUCAGACUCAAAUUGCAGUAAGGAGCUAGAAGCAGAAUGUUGCUCCACACUAGCUGAGAUAGGAAGAAAGCAUGCACCCAGCCCCGCUUGGUAUGUGGGACUGCUCCUGAAAAUACUUGCUAUCGCUUCCCCACUCCCCUCCACCUCUCCUUCUCCCAUCCUUAACACGUUGAUCAACUAUUGCACAACUACAAUCGACGCUGAAGUAAAAACUCUCAUCCAAAAAGCUGCCCAAGAAAACGACGACAUAAACUCUCAGAAAUCUUGGCUGAGUAUCUGGGCGCUGGGAAGAUAUGAUCCUGAUUUUGAUAGAGCCGGAAUUUGGGUUAACAAGAUCAAAUCCUUAUCUGAUAACCAGAUAAAAUGGUUGCUAGACAGUCUUGUAGUUUUAGUAACUCGACUAGGUGCACUGCCCGCCCCCCUCUACUCCACCCUACAUCCCUUCACCAACAGCCCUUCCCCCAUCAUCAGACAGCUGGCUAUUGAACUUGUCAACUUGUCAGACCUUCCUAAUGUCACUGACUUAUUUAAUACACAAACUGAUAUGUUAUCAGUGCUGAUAGAGAAACUAGCUAAUACUCCCGAUGCUGGUCUCGAAAACACCACAGCUCACAAACAGUUCCUUACUAAGUUCAGAAAGCGAGCAAAUGGUCCCACUGAGAAAGUAGAGUUUGGCCAUGAUGUUCAGGAAGAAGGACCCAAACAGCGAGUAAAUGUACCCUCUAAGGACGGCACUCCCAACCCCGCUGCUACCUGGGUCAGUUAUCACGAGCACAUUCCUGAGGAGGCGUCCGCCAAUGACAAACCUGAACCCCCACUCUCACAGCCAGCACUACGCAGUACUUAUAAGUGGGGCGAACACUCCAAACAGACUAGAGCUACUCACAGUGACCCAACUAGAUGUUAAGUGUCAAGUAAACAGGCAGGAUCCAGGAACCGUGCUCUCCUUAUUUCAUAUCGCUUUCUCUAAGACAAAAAUAAAUUGAUAAAUCUUUGUAUAAAUGAAAAUUCUGGUAGAUUCCAAACUUAGCAUUUGAUAAGAGGAAUAAUUUCUAAAUUCUUUUGACUUUUAAGGAAUUACUGCAGGAUUCGUUUGAAUAGAUUUCAGAAAAAAAUUGAUUGUUAUGAUUGUUUUAUUUUCGUAUAUUUCUUGCUGAUAUUGAUUGUUAAAAUUAUUGUUUUUGAAAUUAUGUC